AUGACCAACUCUCAACAUGAGCCCGUAGCAAUUGUGGGCAUGGGCUGCCGAUGGCCCGGGGGCGCCCACAGCACCCCGCAGUUCUGGAAGUUCCUGCGAGAUCGCGUCGAUGGCUGGAAGGAAUUCAACAGCCCGCGCUUCUCGACGGCCGGCUUUCACCAUCCUAAUGCCGAUCGUCCCGGGUCCUUCUCCAUGAAGGGCGCCUUCCUCGCCAGCGAGGAUGCCCGGCUCUUUGACCAUGCCUUCUUUGGUAUGACCCCAAUGGAGGUGGAGACGAUGGAUCCCUCCCAGCGGAAGCUCUUGGAAGUGGCCUACGAAGCCAUUGAGAAUGCCGGCGAGACCUGGGAGAGUGUCUCGGGCUCGCGAACGGGUGUCUUUGUGGGCAAUUUCUGCCUCGAUCACUGGAUGAUCCAGAGUCGUGACUGGGACAACCCUAGACCUUAUGCCUUUACCGGCGCCGGGACCAGUAUUCUGGCCAACCGGAUUAGCUACAUCUUCAAUUUUCAUGGACCAAGUUUAACCGUCGACACGGCCUGCUCUUCGUCCAUGUAUGCCCUGCAUCUUGCCGUCAACGCCAUCCGUGCAGGAGACUGCGACGCCGCCAUCGUCGGCGCCGCCAACUGGAUUGCCGACCCCGGAGUCCAGAUUGCCCUCGACAAGCUCGGGGCAUUGUCCGCCUCAUCCCGCUGCCACACGUUUGAUGCGCGCGCCGAGGGGUACGCCCGCGGCGAAGGAUACGGGGCCAUCUACCUCAAGAAGGCGGACCUCGCCGUGGCAGAUCAGUCGCCCAUCCGCGCCAUGAUCCGGGGCACGGCCAUCAACUCGAACGGCCGGACGGGGGGCAUCACGCGGCCCAGUGCCCAGGGCCAGGAGACCGUCAUCCGCGACGCCUACCGCAACGCCGGGGAUCUUCCCUUCCACGAGACGAGCUACUUUGAAUGCCACGGGACGGGCACCUACGUCGGGGAUCCCAUCGAGGUGGCCGCGGUAGGACGAGUCUUUGCAGGCGAGCGGACGGCCGAGGAUCCGCUGCUGGUGGGCUCGGUCAAGAGCAACAUCGGCCACGGCGAGGGAUCCAGCGCCCUGGCAUCGGUGAUGAAGGUGGUUUUGGCCCUGGAGAAGGGCGAAAUUCCCCCGGUGUUCAGCCUGGAAACCAGAAACCCCAACAUCAAUUUCCUCGACGGCCGCAUCGAGCCGGUGACGGAGGUCCGGCCAUGGCCCGCAGAUCGGCUUCGACGGGCCAGCAUCAACUCCUUUGGAUAUGGGGGGGCCAAUGGUCACUGCAUCAUCGACCAUGUAAACAACGUGCUGCCCAACUACGUGGCCCCGGGCGUGUACAAGGCCGCCGCUAAUGGCGAUGCGAAUGGUGGCCUGAAUGGCAAGACGAACGGCCAUGCAGACGAUCAUGUAUAUGGACUUACGAAUGGGCAUAUAAACGGCCAUACAAACGGCGAUACGAAUGGGCAUCAGAAUGGAACCUCCAGCCAUCACCGCCCCAUCGUGAAAAAACUCAGGAGAACCGCAGUACGCAACGCAACCACCCGACAGUACGUUCUCCUGCCGCUCUCCGCCCAUAAGGAAGACUCCCUUCGAUCCAACCUAGAUGUGUUGGGGCCGAUACUCCCCCAGCUGUCUUUGGCCGACCUGGCCUAUACCCUCGGCACACGGCGCUCCAAGCUGGCCCAACGAGCCUUUUGCAUCGUCGACCAAGACAACGUGGGGUCCAGUCUCGAGCUGGAGGGCCGGAUCACACGAGCCCCUCUGCAACCUGCCAACGUGGCCUUCAUCUUCACAGGCCAGGGGGCCCAGUGGCCUGGUAUGGGAGCGGAACUGCUGCACUAUCGCGUCUUUCAAACGGCCAUGCGCCACCUCGAUGAAGUACUCGGCACCCUGCGGCAUCCGCCGUCCUGGUCCCUCGCGGAUCUCCUCACGGGUACCGGGGAGGCCGCCUCCAUCCACAUGGCGGGUAUCUCGCAAACCAUCUGUACUGCCGUGCAGAUUGGCCUGGUGGACCUGCUGGCCUCCUGGUCGAUCUGGCCCGCGGCGGUGGCGGGCCAUUCCUCGGGGGAGAUCGCGGCCGCCUAUGCCUCGGGCCACAUCACCGCCGCCGAGGCCAUCGUGGCGGCGUAUCUCCGGGGUCAAGCGGUCUCUGGAAACCAGAAGAAGGGCGCCAUGCUGGCCGUGGGCCUGGGAAUAGACGACGUGGCCCCGUAUCUCGACACCAGGGACCACGAGGUCCAGAUUGCCGCCAUCAACUCGCCCGGAAGCGUGACGCUCGCGGGCGACGAGACGGCCAUCGACGCCAUUUCCGACAUGCUGACGACGGCGGGGUUCUUCAACCGGAAGCUGAACACCGGCGGCAACGCCUACCACUCCCACCAUAUGCGUCCCAUCGGCCGGGAAUACAUGGAUAACCUGGUGGACGGCAUGGCCCAUCUCCAGCAGCUGGGCCUCGUCUCUGAUCCGGAAGGUCGAUAUCAGCCGGUGCCCUGGAUUUCCUCCGUCACGCCGGGCAAAGCCCCCGGUCAGGUGGGUGAUAAUCUCAGCUCGUACUGGCGAGCCAACCUCGAGUCCCCUGUGCGGUUCUCCGAGGCCAUUACACGUCUAGUGAGCAUGGACGACCUUUCGAUUGAUGGCCUCGUGGAGAUUGGGCCUCAUCCGGCGCUGAAGAGCCCCCUCGAGCAGAUCGUGAAGGCGGCCGGAAAGAAGGUCGCGUAUGCGUCCACCCUCCGGCGACAAGAAGACAGCCGCCGCUCUGUCCUGCAGCUGGCGGGCACCCUGUUCACCUGGAAUGCCGCGGUGGAUUUAGCUGCUGUCAACGCCGUCGAUGCCGUCGCUGGGGCUGGGCUCGAACAUGGCUGUACGUGCCUCGAGCUGCCCCCCUACCAGUACACCUACGCGGGCCUCAACUACCACGAGAGUCGAGCCAGCAAGGAAUACCGGUUGCGCCCCAUCCUCCGACACGAUCUGCUCGGGUCCCAGGUCGUCGGCACCACCAAACUACGGCCCCAGUGGUGCAACAUCCUGCGCAUCAAGGAUGUGCCGUGGUUGGCAGAUCAUCGUCUCGCUCCAGAUGCCGUCCUACCGGGUGCAGCCUACCUCGCCAUGGCCGUCGAGGCCGCGACCCGCAUCCAUCACACGUUUCCCGAUUCCCCAAGGAUCACCGGCGUGUCCCUCCGCGACGUCGCCAUCAAGACGGCCCUCGUCAUCCCGGAGAAUGACUAUGGGGUCGAGGUCAUGACGAGCCUGGAACUGGUCGACGUGGCCACGGCCGCGUCGCCCGCCUGGGUGACCUUUUCCAUCAGCUCCAUGGGGCGAGAGUCCAACGAAUGGACCGAGCACAGCACCGGCCAGGUCAAGGUCGAACUCCAGGCCCCCGAAAUCAGCCUUGAUGCGGAGGACACGAUCCCUCCAGUCGUCCGCUCGGUGGACACCCGUGCCUGGUAUCAGCAGUUCCGGGCCAUUGGGCUGGACUACGGGCCGGCGUUCCAGCCCCUGUCCCAGAUUGGCGUCGACCCUGCUUCCAGACGCGCCGUUGCCACCAUCGACCUGCACUCAACCUCCAUGGCGGGCGGGGAGUCGCGGUACGCACUGCAUCCGGCAUCUCUGGACGGCGCGAUCCAGCUGGGUCUGAUUGCCUGUCAUGGCGGCCGACCCAGCGAGGCACACACGGCCUUUGUGCCCGUUCGGUUCUCCCACCUGUAUCUGGCCUACCACGAGACGGCGGCCCCCUCGGCCAUGGCCAUUGCCCGGGGGUCGCGGCAGGGCGUCCGCAGCGCCCAUUUGAAUGUGCGCAUGCGGGGUCCAAACGGUGAGCUGUGGCUACAGAUGGAGGGCCUGCGCUGCCUCGGCUACUCCAGCGAGACCAAGGCCAUGGACCGGGCCUUUAGCAGCCCCUUUACGCGACUCGUCUGGAAGCCAGAUCUACGCCUGCUGAGCAACGAGCAGGCACGGCGCAUGUACCCACCCCCCAAGGCCAACGUGGGCAAGUCGCCACUCUGGGGGAUCACCGACAAGGUGGCCCAUUUCAUCGUCGUCAGCAUCUACGAGGCGUUUGCAACGGGUCCCGAUCGUCCGCAGCCCUCCGGAGACGUGGGCCACUUCUUCGACUGGAUCGUGCGCAAGACCGAGACCGACGCAUCGCAGCUGAUGGAGGAGGCGCGAGGGCUCGCCCGCCAUGGCCGCCUGCGGUCGACCAUCGACGACCUCGUCGAGCAGGCCACCGACGUGAUUGAAGUCCGAAUCGCCAAACUCCUGCACGACAACAUGGCUGACAUCCUGCACGAGCGCCGCACUGGGAUCGACGUCAUCCUGGGCGAGGAGCUCCUGACGCCGCUGUAUCAAUCGGGUCUGCUGAUGACGGGCAUCUAUCCCCAGCUUCACCACGGCCCCAACGGCAUCAAGGCGUACCGCGACUACAUGUUCACCGAUUACUCCCCGGGCUUCCUCUCGGCGGCGCGGGAUGCCAUGGCGGACCUGCACGACGUCGAGUUCUCCGUGUACGACAUGGAGACGGACCCCCAGGAGCAGGGAUACGAGCUGGCGACCUACGACCUCAUCAUUGCCUGUCAGGUCCUGCAUGCCACGUCCAACAUGCACCGCACCCUGACCCACUGCCAGCAGCUGCUCCGUCCGGGAGGCCGUCUGGUGCUGGUGGAAACCAAUCGCCACUUCACCGUCCCUGGCGUCGUCGUGGGCACCUUUACCGGCUACUGGGCAGGCAUUCCCGACGGCCGCGUCGACGCCCCCUUCCAGAGCGUCGAGGGCUGGGACGCUUCCCUGCGCCAGGCGGGCUUCUCCGGGCUGGACCUGGUGCUGGACGACUUUCCGGCGCCUAACAACACCACCUCAGUGAUGGUGUCGACGGCCAUGCUGCCGUCGCCCGGUGAGUCUCCUCCCCAGCCAACCGUCCAGAUGCUCCAUACGGACAAGGUGAACCCGUCCCUCGUGAAGCAAAUAUCCGAGGAGUUCGCCCAGCGUCAGAUAGUCGUUCAACCUAGCCGGUUCCCCGAGGAUGCGACGACCGUCACCACUGGAAGUCGGGUGGUGGCCCUGCUCGACGACGAGCACCUGUUGCUGGAUCCGGCCGAGGACGAUCUCCAGGCCUUCCAGCAUGUCGCCCGCCAUGCCGCCAGUCUCAUCACCAUCACGAGCUGCGGCACCGUCUCGGGACAUAGCCCCGACGGCGCCUUGAUUCCGGGCCUCCUGCGUGUCCUCCAGAAUGAAAACCCGGCCAGCCAGUACCUGUCCGUCGACAUCGAUGCCGACCACUUUGCCCUGGGCGACGCGGAGGCCACCGAGCUCGCUCGCAGCAUUGCGGAUCUCCAGCUCCGUCUCGAUCGAGAACCUGUCGUGGAAGAGGCCGAAGGGGAACCCCUGGACCGCGAGUAUUCCUGGCAGGAGGGCUGCCUGUGGGUGAGUCGACAUGUCCCCGACGCCGGCUUCCACGCGCACUACGGCCUCCGCAGUCACGACCGCAAGAUGGAACAGCGAGCCUUGGCCGCCAGUCCUGGCCCGGUGCGAGCGGCCUUCGAGGCCCCCGGAGUGCUCAACUCGCUGUACUUUACCCCGUACACGGAGCUGCUGCAGCCCCUGGCGCCGGGGUGGAUCGACGUGGCUGUGGCAGCCGUGGGGGUCAACUGGGCCGACCUCCAUACCUGGACGGGCAGCAUCGACCGCAACCACCUGUCGUCCGAGUACAGUGGCACCGUCACUGCUGUUGGACCCCAGGUGACGGGUGUCGAGGUCGGCGAUCGUGUCUACGGGCUGGGGCCGGGCCAACUGGGCAGCUCUGCGCGGGUGCCGGCGGCCUUUGCACGCCCGGUGAGACCCGGUGAUGAUCUCGUACAGAUGGCCACGAUCCCCAUGGCGUAUGCCACGGCCGUCUAUAUCUUCGACCACGUCGCCCGGCUCCUGGGCGGCGAGGCGGUCCUGGUGCAUUGCGGCGCCAAGGAUGUCGCCCAGGCCUGCAUUCGGCUCGCCAAGGCCAAGGGGGCCAACGUCUUUGCGCUGGUCGACACCGACGAGGAGGCCAAUGUGCUCGUUCGGGAUCUCGUGGUGCUGCCCAGGUCGCAUGUCCUCUCGUCGUGCCGGGUGAGGGAUCUCCAGCAGGCGGCGGCCCUCACGGCCAAGGGCGCCUUCGACGUGAUUACCGGGACCGCGCGAGGCGAGCGUCUAUCUGCCCUGAUGCAGGUACUGGCGCCGCAGGGCCAUCUCGUUGACGUGGCGCAGGUAGAGGUGCAUACGCCCUCGACGAUGGCCCUGGAUAUACUUCGGACCAACGCCACGUACUGCUCCGUGGACACGGCCAGCAUCCUCGAGUCGGAUCCCGGUCUUGGUGCUGACCUGCUGCAUGCGGUCGACCGCUAUUAUCGUACAGGUACCAUCGGUCCUCUCGCCAAGAUCGAGGUCGUGGAUGUGGGUCAGUCGGCGGCAGCACUGGCCACUUUCUCGACGCUGUCAGGCAAGCUGGUCGUCAGCUUUGAGAAUCCCCACAGUCUCGUCCGGAUGGCUCCGUCGCCACCCCAGGUGACUUUCAAGGCGGACGCGCUGUACGUGAUCACCGGCGCCUUGGGCGGCCUGGGGCAGUCAUUGACUCGGUGGAUGGCCGAUCACGGUGCAAUGCAUCUGGCCUUGUUGUCUCGCCGCCAGUUGGCGCAGGUACCCGGGGCCGACAGUCUCGUGGAAUCACUUCGGGGGCGUGGCAUCGACGUCCAGUGCAUCUCGUGCAACGUCAGUAGCCGGGACGAGGUGAUGCAGGUCGUUGACCAGCUAUCGUCGGCCCGUCCCAUCCGCGGCAUCGUCCACGCCGCCGGGUCCUAUCUCGACCUGACCUUUGACAAGGUCUCGCUUGCGCGGUGGAAGGACAGCAUCGCCGCCAAGGUGGCCGGGACCCGGCAUCUGCACGAGGCCACCCUCGCGAUGCCGCUGGACUUCUUCGUCAUGCCCACCUCGGCGCUGUCAGUCUAUGCCUUUGCCACCCAGGGCGCCUACACGGCCGCCAACAACUUCCAGGACGCCUUUGCGCGCUUCCGGCGCCGGCAGGGUCUCCCGGCCUCGACCGUCUCAUUCAGCCUGAUCCACGAGGUGACCGAUGUGGGGACAGACACGAUGACCAUCGACCUCUUCGAACGCAACAAGGCCCUCGCCGUCGGCGAGUCCGAGUUCCUGGCGCUCGCGGAGCCGGUCUUCCUCAACAACCAGACGGCCGAUCCGAAUGGGGACGCCCUCGCGGCGACCCAGUGGGCAGGCCAACGGGGGGAUCCGCUGUCGGCGGCCAACCUGCACACUUACCUCGAUCCCGCCGGUAUGCUGGCCAGGAAGCGCCAGGAGAUUGAUCGUGCCUCGACCGGGGUCGCCCAGCCCCGUUGGUACAGCGACGGGCGCGUGGCCAUCAUGAUGCGCGCCUUUCUCGACGCCCAGCAACACGCCGCCGACCUCCAGGGGUCGUCGCUGGACCCAGGCGCCAAGGAGACGACGGCACACCUGCGCAGUACGUUUGACACGGCGAUUGCGCGCGGCGGGGAGGCCCGCGGGGAGACGGUGGCGUUUGUCCUCGGCGCCAUCACGCGCGCCGUCGCGGAGAUGCUGUUUGUCGAUGUCGAGAGCAUCGACCCGGCCAAGUCGCUGGCGGAUCUGGGGGUCGACAGUCUGAUUGCCGCCGAGUUGCGCAACUGGUUCCUGCAGGCGCUGGGGGUCAAUAUCAGCAUGCUGGACCUGCUGGAGCCGACUCUGAGUAUCAGCGGCAGAGCCACUGGCAUCACCGACGCCGCUCUGUCAUCAUCUACAUAG